CGACAGCCCGGAAGAAUUUAAUCGGUGAAAGAAAGCUACGCGGACGAUGCAACAGCGUCUCCCGGCUAUUUUUAUCGUCACCUUCUGUCAGGGUGCGACGGCAAUCGGCGAACGUAAUCUCGAGUAAAAAGGGAAAGUCCGAUAUAUCGGAUCUGUGCGCGGCGUAUCCGCGGCGUUAUACCGCACGUGUUGCCCCGCCGUGACAAUAGGAGUCCGACCGUCGACUUUCAAACGGUGCCAAGAGACGGGGAAGGCUGUCACGCUGGCCAGUUUUCGGACAGGUUGCCGAGCAGUUUUGGCAGCGAGCGCGCCGAAAACGGAUCCGGGAGAGUCAAGGCUCGCGAAUUCGCGAAAUUAAUGUCGUGGCCCGACGAGAGAAGGGAGAGGCUGACAGUCUGGGGAGAAGGUGAAAGUGAGAACCGUCCGAAGCGGGCAUAACCUAAAAAUAAAGCUGCGGAAGCGCACGGUCGCUGGAUAGCAGAUUUCGCGGCGUAUCGCGGACACCGUCUGUCGGUUCUAGGUGAACGUCUGGAACAUGAUCGUGCCCUAGUUGUUGCUGUUUUAACGAAUGACUGCUGGGAAACGGAGAAAGUAUGGAGAUGUGCAACGUAGGGGACGACCGGACCCUGUUUGUCACAGCGCUUAACCGAAGAACUUGGUCCGAGCUCAGAGUCGUCGUCAGCGAUCUACGCAGAAAAUUGUCCGGGAUCUCUGCCGUUUCCGUGCCUGGCUGCAUCACCUUUCGAUCCCUGCCCGAUGGACGGACCAGAAUAUAUUUCCUCAGCAGCCUCAACAACAGAUGGGAGACCACUCUGCUGUACGUGGAUAUCGCCCACUUCGAUCUUGCCAACGGAUACCUUCUCCAUUGGCAACCUGUGAUAGAAGCGAAUUUUCAAACAGUGUCCAGCACUAAGAUCUUAUCGAGGGAGGAACAGUUACUAUGGGAGAGAAAAAGAUUAGUCACUUGUGGAAUUACCAGCUACGAAAUUCAUCCCGAGAGUGGGAAAUUAGUUUUCCCAGCAGCUAGUAGCCUCUAUCAAUGUAUAGAUACAGGGUUUAUGGCUGGUCCGCUUUUUCCAUCAGAAAUACGAGCUGCAACGUCCGGCGCGAAAUUGUGCCCGCAAAUUUGCCCAUGGAACAACGCGCUGAUUGCUCAUACAUGUUCGGGAGACCUGUAUCUGUCGCACAGCAUCACGGGUUCCUCUUUGAGACUGACACAUGCGAGAAAAGGUGGAAGAAACCUAACGGACGAUCCUCUUACAGCGGGCACUCCGUCUUACGUGAUGCAAGAAGAGUUCGCCAGGUACAUCGGCUAUUGGUGGCAGCCGAAAUCCGACGACGGCAUUUAUAGAAUAGUCUACGAAGAAGUCGACGAGAGCGACGUGAAAAUAUUUUGUUUCCCGUCGCCGUCGAACUCCGAGGAGAUCGAUGAGUUUCGAUUUCCGAGGGCCGGCACCCCGAACGCGAAAAGUAAUUUGAAAAUGGUGCAAUUCCGUCUCACGGAAACGCUGCAAAUAGUCAACAUCGACAUCCUGGAGCUUCAGUAUCCGCUGCACAUUAUGUUCCCUUGGAUGGAAUAUAUGGUCAGAGUGGGAUGGACGCCCGACGCGCAAUACGUCUGGGUCCAGCUGUUGGACAGAAAGCAACAAAGGCUCGAAUUAGUGUUACUAUCGAUAGACAAUUUCUCCGAACCGCCCCCGAAUGUAUAUAAUUCGGAAAAUCAGUUCACACCAUCGUCGGCGAGCGUUCAGGUGAUAUAUUCUGAGCAAAGUUCGACAUGGAUCAAUCUAAACGAUCUCCUGUAUUUCUUACCAUCCGACAAUCCGUCGGAAGUGAAGUUCCUCUGGGGUAGCGAGGAAUCCGACUAUCGGCAUCUGUAUCUGAUAACAUCUAGAAUAUCAGGCAUAAACAAUGAAGUCGAGGAGCCGUUGGACAGAAUGGACAGUGUCUUCUUGCAACCUAGGGUCACGUCCAAGGUUGCUUUAACCCAAGGGGAGUGGGAGGUGUUAGGCAGAAAGCUGUGGGUAGACGAAACCAACUCCAUUGUAUAUUUUCGAGGUUUGCGCGAAGGUCCGUUGGAGCAACACGUUUAUGCUGUUUCAUUGAAUCGGCCGUUGGAGAUAAGACUGCUUACGAGGCCCGGUUACAGUUACAACAGUAUAUAUUUCAAUAAAGAGUGCACGAUGUUAGUAACUGUAUACAGCUCCAUCAAAACUCUACCCACUUGCCAGGUGUUCAGAAUAACGCAAAAAGAUUGGACGGUGGACACUAUCUGUCUAAAUCCUGUCGGAUACCUGCUCGAGCCGUCGUCACCCGAAUCCGAGUUGUUCACCCCGGAAAUUUUCACGCAUAAAAUAUCGUCCGGCGACACGAUUUAUUCUAUGAUUUUUAAACCACACAAUUUUCAGCAGGGCGUGAAAUAUCCAACGAUUUUGAAUGUUUACGGUGGUCCCGAAGUGCAAUUAGUAUCGAACACAUUUAAGGGAAUGAGGCAUUUGAGGAUGCACAUGCUGGCUGCUCGUGGUUACUGCGUGGUGUUAAUUGAUAAUCGUGGCUCCCAUCACAGAGGUUUAGUGUUCGAGAGUUAUUUGCAACAUAAAUUAGGAACGAUCGAGUUGAGCGAUCAAGUCGAAGUAUUGACAUGGUUGGCGGAGAAAACUGGUUACAUCGAUUUGGAUCGCGUGGCACUGCACGGCUGGUCUUACGGGGGUUACUUGAGCCUUAUGGGUUUGAUACAGUACCCUGAGAUAUUUAAGUUAGCGAUCGCUGGCGCACCGGUUACGUCUUGGAACUUCUAUGAUACUGGCUAUACUGAACGUUACAUGGAUUUACCGCAGAACAAUAGAAUUGGCUACAUGGCUAGCUCGAUUUUAACGUAUGUGGAUAAAUUUCCCGAUGAAGAGAAUCGAUUGCUGAUCAUUCACGGACUGAUCGACGAGAACGUGCACUUCUUUCACACGAGUCAGUUGAUCGACGCCCUCGUCAAGUCCGGGAAACCAUAUCAACUGCAGGUCUAUCCGAACGAAAGACAUAGCCUUAGAAGCUUAGACGCCAGUAAACACUACGAGACUACGCUACUAUUUUUCUUGCAAAAUCAUUUGUGAAUUCAUUUGUUCCCGAUCGGAUAUAAAACGAUAAAACAUUGGUUAAAACAGGAUUUUAACAGGUUCAGUGUGACUGCCAUUACAAUUAUGUACAUAUAUUAAAGAAGAAAUUGAAAAUUGUUCGUCGUGACCCACGAUGUCUCGCGGUGAGAUUGCCUAAACACAAAACACUCAAUAUUUAUCUCUCGGAUGCUAUUAUAAUUUUACUGAAUGAGAAAUAUAACAGAAAGUUCAGAACGUACAUGAAGAGAUUUUUAUCAGUUAAUAUUAGUGGUAGAGAGGGAGAGAGAGAGAUAGAGGAAGAGAGGGUGAGUAAGAGAGAAAAUUGUGUCAGCAUACAUUUGACAGUGGAUCGCAUAACUUAGCAAACAUAAUCGUGCAGCCGUUUCAACAAAAUACCGUAGAGCUUUACAACGAUGAGAUUGAAUGUUAAUUUUUUAAGAAAAUGGACAAUACUCUUAACUCCUCUGUACAUAUAUACAUAUACGCGUCCCUAGAACAGCAUAAAUUUUUUUAGAAUUGUCCUCUAACUGUACUUACAAGAUAUACAUAAUAUUCGCUAGAAAUAUAUAUCUUUCUUUUGGCUGUCACUAUUUUACGUUUGACUACUUGUGUACAUACGCGCGAGCAAUCAUUCACAUUUUUACAAUAAACAUUAAUUAAAAAGUGUUUGAACCAGAUCCAAAUAUUUACACCGUUUCACCAUUGCAAAUGAAAAUCGGACACAGCCGAUUUUUCUUCAUUUUGUAUUCAGUUAGGGUUUAUUGUUAUCACGAAGGCCGGAAUAUUAACAGCAUAAAAUGAAUGGGCAUACGUCGAAAUUAUUUCAAUGUACGAUUAUAUUUCAUAUUUUAUUACUCAAAUAUACAUUACUGACCACUAGGAAA